AUGAAGGGAUCUGUCAUGGCCGUUGCGGCCCUCCUCGGAGGUGCCAGCGCCCACAACCAGCAGAGACACGGCCACGAUGCCUUUCACAUGAGGAGGCAGAACGGAACCGACAAGGCCUGCACUCCCGUGGUCAAGACCAUCACUGGUGACUUCAUCUGGACUCCCACUCCUGAUGCGAAGCCUGCCAACCCAGACACCACCACCUCGACGACCAUCCAGGCCCCCUCGUCGCACGCCACCUCCGUGACGGCUGCUGCUUCCACCUCCUCGGCGGCGGCUAUUCCUACGCCUGCGGCCCAGACAUGUCCUACCUCAGGCACAUAUACUUUCCCGGCCAGCACCUUGACCGUGACUGCUACCACCUCGGCAGUUGUGCCCUCGUCGACAGUUUGCACUGCUGGCACUUACACCCUUGGUGGCACGACCACUGUCGUGGAGACGUCCACAGUCGUCACCUGCCCGUACGCCACCGUCUCGACCAACAGCGCCGGUGUUGUCACCAGCGUCAUCAAGGAGACUGUCUACACUUGCCCGGCUGCUGGUACUUACACCAUUGUGCCCGGCACCACCACCACGGUCACCGCCCCCUCCGAGACCGUGACCGUCCCUGUCAUCUCCACCUACCUGCCUGGCACCUACACCGCCCCGGCCGUCACCACUGAGGUCGUCACCGCCACCGUGGUCUACUGCCCCUUCGCCUCCGUCGAGGCCAGCACCACCGCUGCUCCCGUCGUCGCCUCCUCGGUCGCUGCCGUCGCCGAGACCCCCAGCAGCUCCGCCGCCCCCGUGGUUGUCGCCUCCUCGGCCAGCGUCGUGGCCUCUGCCUCCGUCUCCUCCGCCAGCUCUGCCGCCAGCAGCAGCAGCAGCUCCUCCUCAUCCACCGCCACCCUGGGCGGCUCCGGCUCCUCCCCCUGGUCGCUCACCUACACGCCCUACAACUCUCUGACGGGCGACUGCCAGACCGCCGAGGCCGUGGAGGCUGACCUCGCCGCCGUGGCCGCGGCCGGCUUCUCGUCGGUGCGCGUGUACUCGACCGACUGCGACACGCUCCCCAACGUGGGCGCCGCCGCCGCCAAGUGGGGUCUCAAGAUCAUCGCCGGCAUCUACAUUGGCGACGCCGGCUGCACCAACGACUCGCCCGACGUGGCGGACCAGAUCGCCGCUUUCCAGUCCUGGGAGCACAUGGACCUGGUCGAGCUGUUCGCCGUCGCCAACGAGGCCUACAACAACGGCUACUGCACCGCGUCUGAGCUCGCCGCCCUCGUCACCCACGUCAAGUCCGAGCUGGGCUCCCUGUACAGCGGGCCCUGGACCACCACCGACGUCGUCGCCACCUGGCAGGACACCGAGUUCGCCUCCGCCCUCUGCCCGCUCAUCGACGUCGUCGCCGCCAACGCCCACGCCUACUUCACCUCCACCGUCGCCCCCUCCGACGCCGGCCCCUUUGUCAAGUCCCAGCUCGACAUCAUCGAGGGCGCCUGCUCCGGCCUGACCGGCUACAUCCUCGAGUCCGGCUACCCCACCUCUGGCGAUACCAUCGGCCUCGCCGUCCCCUCCAUCGCCAACCAGGCCCUCGCCAUCACCAGCAUCCUCGAGACCGUCGGCGACAGGGUUGUCCUGUUCAGCAUGUUUGACGACAAGUGGAAGGCUGCUGGCGAGUACAACUGCGAGCAGAGCUGGGGUAUCGUCCCCAGCCUGUUCGGUACCGUCGGUGCUGCCUGGGAGGCUCUCGUUGCCGCGCUGUAA